GUGAACUUGACACAUACAGGGAUCCACAAAGUAUCUGCUUUGGCAUAAAGACAUUGGGUAAAUUCACUCUGUUCAAAGGAAAAUGUCAUUCUACAAUAAUGCACUGAAAGAUAUAGGGAUUUCUUUUAUGAAUUCGAACACUUCGGUCCCUUCGGUCUCACCGGAAAACAUGGGUAGUAACAGUAAGACAAUAGUUUGGUUCAGGAGAGAUCUUAGAAUUGAUGACAAUCCUGCUUUAGCCGCCGCCGCUAGGGAUGGCAGCGUUUUCCCGGUUUAUAUAUGGUGUCCUAAAGAGGAAGAACAGUUCUAUCCAGGUCGAGUAUCGCGAUGGUGGUUGAAGCAAUCUCUUGCUCAUUUGGAACAGUCUUUGAAGUUUCUUGGUUCUGAACUUGUGCUGAUUAAGACCCAUAGUACUCUUUCAGCUCUUUUAGAUUGCAUCAAGGCUACCGGAGCGACUAAACUCGUGUUUAACCAUCUUUAUGAUCCGGUUUCGCUUGUUCGAGAUCAUAACAUCAAAGAGAAACUUGCAGAGGCCGGGAUUUCCGUGCAAAGCUAUAAUGGAGAUUUGUUAUAUGAACCAUGGGAGAUAUAUGAUGAGAAAGGGCAAGCUUUUACGACCUUCGAUGCAUAUUGGGAUAAGUGUUUGAACAUGCAAAUGGAACCCAUUUCACUUCUUCCCCCAUGGAGAUUGGUCCCCGUUGCAGUGACAGGAACAUUAGAAAGGUGCUCUAUUGAAGAUUUGGGCCUCGAAAACGAAACAGAAAAAGCUAGCAAUGCAUUGUUAGGAAGAGCGUGGUCUCCAGGUUGGGGCAGCGCCGAUAAGGCUAUAACGGAGUUUGUUGAACAUAAUCUAUGCGACUAUUCAAGAAGUAGGCUUAAGGUUGGGGGCAACUCCACAUCACUUUUGUCUCCGUAUCUUCAUUUCGGGGAGCUAAGUGUGAGGAAAGUUUUCCAGAGUGCAAGGAUGAAACAGAUACUAUGGCGAAGAGAACAGAAUUCUCAAGGGGAAGAGAGUGUGUCACUUUUUCUGAAGGCUGUCGGGCUUAGAGAAUAUUCCCGGUACCUUACUUUCAACUUUCCGUUCACUCAUGAGAGACCGUUGUUGAGCAACUUGAAGUAUUUCCCUUGGAAUGCUGAUGUGAACCGUUUUAAGGCUUGGAGACAAGGUCGGACCGGAUAUCCGUUGGUGGAUGCUGGAAUGAGGGAGCUUUGGGCAACUGGUUGGAUACACAACAGAAUACGAGUGAUUGUUUCGAGUUUCGCGGUGAAGUUUCUUCUUCUUCCAUGGAGAUGGGGAAUGAAGUACUUCUGGGACACACUUUUGGAUGCAGAUUUAGAAUGCGAUAUUCUUGGUUGGCAGUACAUCUCUGGGAGCUUACCGGAUGGUCACGAGCUAGAACGAUUAGACAGUCCACAGAUUCAAGGCUCCAAAUUUGACCCUGAAGGUGAAUAUGUAAGGCAAUGGCUGCCGGAGCUAGCGAGGAUGCCGACUGAGUGGAUCCAUCAUCCUUGGGAUGCACCUCAUACCGUGCUUAAAGCUGCAGGUGUGGAGUUGGGGUUGAACUAUCCGAAACCCAUAAUAGAUAUCGAUAUAGCUAGAGAACAUCUGAGAGAAGCUAUAUUUAAAAUGUGGGAAAUGGAAGCAGCUGCAAAGGCUGCAACUUCAGAUGGGAUGAAUGAAGAGGUUUUCGACAAUUCUGUUGGUAUUGAAACCUCCGCGAUCCCAAAAGUUAUCCUAAAGGAGAACUCUUCUUGUCCAACAUAUUCAUCUAAUGAUCAAAGGGUUCCAUCAUUUCAAAAUGGCAAUAAUGGUUCAUUGCAUAGGAAGAGAGCAAAAUGUGUGGAAGAAGAAAGGUUGCCUGCUGAUAAACCGAAUAAUCACAACAAAGAAGCAGGGACUUCGAGAGGAGAAGAAGACUUAUGCUCGACAGCUGAGUCUUCAGCAUCGAAGAGGCAAACUAUUAGCAGAAUGUCAUUCUCUGUUCCCCCGUCUUGUUCUUCGUCCGAUGGCAGGCCUAUGCUGGAGUGUGAAUCGUCUGAUAUGAAGCGGUCAUGGCAAGAAAAGAUCGAUUUGGAACAGACAUCAAGCAAGAAUGGUAAUUAAGAAGCUGCAAAGUUUGAUAUAAUUGUGGUUCUUGCUGUUUAUCUAUCUGAUACAUCAGAUUAAGACAGCCUGCAAAGUUAAACCUUCGAGAUAGAUAUGUAAGUCAAAAUAGUGUGUUUAAUGUAGAUGAGCGUUACAAAUCAUGGGAUGAUAUAUUAAUCAGCCAUUACCAACAAAAAUAUGUAGUUUUCUGCAAUAAAUGAGCAAAACUUAGACUACAUUUGUAUGAAA